GAGCAACCAUUUUCUUUCUUCCCCAUCAUCAUCAUCAUCCACUUCCCCCAGUAACGUACGGACAGACAGUGAUUUCUAUAGUUCACAUUCUUCCCGCUGAAUCUUAUUCAUUCCCCCAUAGCGAUUCUUUGGGUCUCUGGAACCACAUAAAGACACUCUCAUCUGCAGCUGCUGAUAGAUAGAUAGAUAGAUAGAUAGAUCAACGACUCCCAAAUCCCAAUACUCUUUUUUCUUUCUUCAAAGGUACACAACAGUGCAAGAAGAGGUAGAAGAAGAAGAUGUCUUUUACUGGGACUCAACAGAAAUGCAAAGCUUGCGAGAAGACAGUGUACCCUGUGGAGCUUUUGUCAGCUGAUGGGGUUAGCUAUCAUAAGUCUUGCUUCAGAUGUACCCAUUGCAAGGGCACUCUUAAGCUGAGUAAUUACUCAUCAAUGGAAGGUGUUCUUUACUGCAAGCCUCAUUUUGAGCAGCUCUUCAAGGAAUCAGGGAAUUUCAACAAGAACUUUCACUCGCCUGCUGCAAAGUCUGCCGAAAAGUUGACUCCCGAGCUGACAAGGUCCCUGAGCAAAGCUGCCGGAAUGUUCUCUGGGACUCAAGAAAAAUGUGCUACUUGUGGGAAGACAGCUUACCCCCUGGAGAAGGUGAUGGUUGAAAACCAAUCCUACCACAAGUCGUGCUUCAAAUGUUCUCACGGCGGAUGCUCUUUAACCCCAUCAAACUACGCGGCAUUGGAUGGAAUCUUGUAUUGCAAGCCUCACUUCUCCCAACUGUUCAAGGAGAAAGGCAGUUACAGCCACUUGAUCAAGUCGGCUUCUAUGAAACGCCCUACCACUCCCAUUCCCGAUGUUUGAAGAAUCGCUGCCUCCCAUUCAUCCGAUUCAUCUCUUAUCACUACUACAGAUAUCCAUUUGGUUCGAUCGAUCUGUGUUCGUUGUUUACGGUUGAUUCUCAUUCUCAGAGUGUUUCAUGCGUAUGGGGGCUUUUGUUCUUGAUUAUGUAUGUUCAAUUCUCUUAAUGUUGUCACAUUUGUCCCUCCCAAAUGUUUGGGGAUGUACAUUGCUGCAAUGAGUUUGAAUGCUGAUAUUACUCCAAAUGGUUCUUUUGUCAUUGAGUUGCUUUUCAUAUUAUUUAUUUAUAUAUAAUUAUAGAUAUUAACAGUCAAAUUUUUGUUAUGGAGAAUGCAAUAUUCAAACAAUUAUGAAAGUAUUAAAAUAAAUGAAAUUUUAGGGU